AAAUAAAUGAAUGGAAUUUUUAUAAGAAAAAAAUUAUAUCGAAACAUUUGUUUUCAAAAACUGUGUCAUAUAAUUCGAUGUUGUAAACGGAAACAAACCAUGUUUUUCGUUUUUAUCGCAUAAGCGAAUAACAUAACAUUUAUAAUACGUGGUAUACUCUGUGCUACCGGUGUUUUUUGAAAACCGUGCAAAACAGUGGAAAUUCAUUAAAAUUAGUGCAAUUGUUGACUCAAUUUUGAGAAGACGAACUUGAACAAUAAACACAUAUAUACAAAUGUAAUAAAAAGUGUUUAUAAUAAAAGGCAUAUUUCAAUUGAUUUCGUUAAAAUGAAAAUUUCAAAUAUUUUGCAUAAAAAUGGUUCAUUAACAUUAAGUACAGCGCAGCAUACAUCAAAGGAUAUCUCCAGCUCGGAUACAAGUAAUAAAACAGGUCCGAUUUUUGGUGUACGACAUUUGCAAUGCCUUUUGGUAUUUUGUGGGCUUUCAGUGGCCUACGCGCUGCGGGUGAACCUUUCUGUGGCUAUUGUGGCCAUGACUGAUCGAAAUGAUUCAAAUCCCAACUUCGAUGAAUACAAAUGGACUGAGAAAACGAAAUCUUUGGUAUUAAGCAGUUUUUUUUGGGGUUAUGUUGUUACCCAAGUUCCUGCCGGUUCCUUGGCCCACAAAUUUGGUGGUAAAAUUAUGCUAUUGCUAGGCAUAGGAGUGUGUUCCGUGUUAACGAUAUUAACGCCAAUUUGUGCUAAAUUGGGCGACUGGAAGCUGGUAUGUGGCUUACGAGUGAUACAGGGCUUGAGUCAAGGAUUUUUAUUUCCUUCGACUCAUACCAUACUAUCGAAAUGGGCUCCGGUGGAGGAAAGAGGUACAUUAGGUACUUACAGCUAUUCGGGCGCUCAAUUCGGUACCGUAGUUAUGCUGGCCACAAGUGGCGUGGUAGCCUCAUCGUCUAUGGGUUGGCCAGGUAUAUUUUACAUAUCCGGUGGCGUAGGCAUGGUAUGGACAUUCGCUUGGUUUGCAUGGGGAGCUAGUUCACCGGCUGAAUAUAAAAGAAUCUCCCCAGAAGAAAAGAAACUUAUAGAAACCUCAUUGGGCUUCGCGAGCAAACCUGAAGAGAACACUACACCGAUGAAAACUCCUUGGUGCAGAAUUUUAACAUCAGUACCUUUCUUAGUGUUAACUUUGGUUCAUUGCACUCACAAUUGGGGCUUUUGGACUCUAUUAACAGAGAUUCCAACGUAUAUGAAAAACAUCUUGGGCAUGGAUAUCAAAAGUAAUGCUUUGUUAUCAGCUUUGCCUUAUACGGCCAUGUUUCUGAUGUGCUUCGUCUUCUCCACUCUUCAAUCGACCCUUAGCCGACAUCAAUGCAUACCAUUAUCAGUGAGUCGUAAACUCUUUAACUCAAUCGGUCAUUGGAUACCUAUGAUAACAUUAAUUGCUUUGGGUUACGUGGGAGCUGAUCGAAUAAAUUUGGCGAUAGUCUUAUUAACCAUUACGGUCGGCAUAAAUGCGUCCACUUAUCUUGGUUUUCAAGUGAAUCAUAUUGAUUUGUCACCAAAUUUCGCUGGCGUUCUAAUGGGCAUAACAAAUUGUGCGGCGAAUAUCAUGAGUAUUAUUGCUCCUUUAAUUGUAGGAUUCAUUGUAACCGAUGAGAAAAAUUCUGCACAAUGGCGUUUCAUUUUUUUUAUUGCUGCCGGUUUUUAUUUCAUUGGAAAUUUAUUGUUUGUGGUAUUUGGUAAGACAACAGUACAAUCUUGGAAUGAUAUGGAAAGUACACGUGUCGCGAAGGGGCGUGAUGGUAACUGUGCAGAGUCACAGCAUUAAAAGUUCGAAAUAGUUUAACUUAUGAAUAUUUCCUAGUCAUGUAAAGCCAUAACACUGUUGACACCGAAUCAGUUACAUUAUCAUUGUUUAAUUGCCUAAGUUUAUGUGUAUAUGUAAUUUUUAUAGAUUUCUUUUCGAAGCCAAUUAGCUGUUAUUUAUAUACGUAACUUUGAAUUAAUUAUAAGUUCUAUUAUAUAUAUAUAUAAUAAAUGUACAAAAACGAAACCAAAAGUACAAUCGAAUCGAUUGACGACUGAUUAAAAGAAAUAUGCGAUGCUGCUGCGGUAUAACAAAGUGCAUUGAAUGCAAAUGAUACGCUUAUCAAUUAUUUUUAGCAUAUUAUCAUACAAUUAGCUGAGCUAAAAUAUUCAUUCUCUGUGGACUGUCAUCGUCAUCUGAUAUAUUGAGAAAAAUAUUUCGAUUUCUUCCCUUAAGAUCUAAUGUAAUGAAGUUUCGCAGAAAAAAGCAAAAAAAAAGUAAAAAACAGACAAACUGUUCUACAGUUUGUAAUAGUACUACCGCAGCAGUUCAUUGUGUUGGCACUAAAAACUGUCCCUUAUCUCUCAGCUCUCAGCUUAUGUUACUUCUCCAAACACUAGUUGAAUAACAAAAUCAAGGUUAAGCGAUGCGUUGUUCCUUUCACUUUUAGAUUGGGGUUUUUUCCUGCAGGGUUACUUUU